GGUUAUGAAAGCGGAGCAGUGGGUGAGGAAAGCUGAGUCCUGCAGCUGCUGCCUGUAAAAUCUGCUGUGGUGAACUCUCUAACCUGCUCCUGAUGGUUGGUUUGAUUUGGAUUCAGGGAUCUUAAAAAUAAGAUCUACUGUCAACAAUGCUUCGGGUCACCACUGCCUCCCUGUGCAGCUACUGUCAGAGGAUAAGGCUGCUGCUCCCUCCCUCUGCCUCUGCCUCCACAGUGACUUCUCCCAACAAAAGGCCUGAAAACCAGCACACAGUGGACUCUCUGUAUGAGCUGUCAGUGGACAUCCGGAAGGUACGCAAGGCCAAGGGCUGGGUCCUGUCUGAGAGCUCUACGUAUGUGGCUGAAACUGCUGAUCUGCUGAGGGGCAUGGGCGCAGACACGCCAGUGAUCGCCCGGAUCCUGGAAACUCACCCCGAGGCUGUCCUGUGUCGGCCGGAGGAUGUGGCCACCCAGAGAGACCUUUGGGUGUCCGUGUGUCCCAACAAGCGUGAGUUGAUGAGCAUCAUUGAGAAGUUCCCAGCCUCCUUCUUUACUUUGACUCACCACGACAACCAGCGAGCGAACAUCUUUUACCUCCAGAGCCUUCGCCUCAGCAAGCGGAUCAUCGGCAAACUGAUGGCCAGCGCCCCGCAGAGCUUCAGUCGACCCGUAGAGCGCAACCAGGAGGUCAUCCACACUCUGAGGGAGACCUACCUGGAUCUCGGCGGUGAUGAGGGCAACCUGCGUGUUUGGCUGCAGAAACUCCUCAGCCAGAACCCGUACAUCCUGCUGCGGCCCGCUGAGGCCUGGAGGGACAGUCUGGGCUUCCUUAGGGAGCAGGGCUUCACCACAGAGGAGCUCCUCAGCCUGGUCUCCAGCCUUAGGGCCUCCAUCGCAGAGCUGCAGCCUGACGCCAUGCAGCAGGCUCUGGCCUACAUCGAAGACGCUCUCGCCUGUUCCAAGGACGAACUGAAGCAAACAGUGAUCCGCUGCCCGGCCAUUUUGUACUACUCCCUGCCCACCUUGGUGGGACGGUUCCAGGGUUUGAUGGAUGUCGGCGUGAGCAUGGAGCAGGUGAAGGAAUCUCCAAACGUCCUGGAGCUCACCACACAAAUCGUGCUCUACCGCAUCCAGAGGCUGGCUUCCUACGGGUAUGAUGUACGCUCCGGCAGCCUGGACGUUAUUGUGGGAACCAAGAAGGAUUUUGAGAUGAGUUACGGCAAACUGCAGCUCAGACAGCAGAGGCCGCUCUUCAACCCUGUGGCUCCCCUCAGAUCAGCUGAGGAGUGAAUGUCAGGAUGUGUGGAUAUUCUGCAUUAUGCUAAUAUAUGGUGGGUUUGUUGGGUUAGUUACUACAAAGCUAACAUGUUUCUGCCCGUGGCCUUUGGAUUUGAUCCUGAGGCAAAGCUGAGGGCUCUUCUGAUAAUAUGACACUGCGACUGUUGUAUGGAAAUGAGUGUGAAACCUUUUCUGUCUGUCCUGCGGAUUAAGAUUUAAAACUGUAACUAACAAACAGAUUGUGGGAACUGAACACAACAGGAUGAGCAAUA